GCUUACCAACGGCUUGAGAUUACCGGUCUCGCCGUCCGUGGAAACUCACGGCGUCAGAGGAGUGUCGUAGCACGACAAACGGCACUUUGACGAACAACACGGCAACCGGCUGCCGUACGGCCGCACGGGCUUAUUGUAUAACGCACGGGCCCUAAGCGCCGUGCCGCAACACGCCGGUCGCCGCGCAGCGUCCAGACCGCGCUCAAACGCCCCGAAAGAAAGAAUAGUGCGUCGAGGGACAGCGCCGACGCGACAAAAGAUGUCCCUCGUCCACUUCACCACCUCUCUGGCCAGACGCUACGCCGCCGCCUACGAGGCCAAGCCCAUCCAGACCGCCGUCACGUCGGGCGUCGUCAUCAAGACGGGCGCCGACGUCUUCGGGCAGCUCUUCCUCGAGAAGAGGCCACUCGACACGCGACGGACGCUCGCCAUGGCCGUGUUCUCGGCGUCGAUCGGCGGCUACGGGAACUACGUCUUCAUCCGCGAGGCGUCGAAGCUCGCGUCGGCGGCGGGCGGCGCGCGCGGCGCGCUCGCCGCGGCGGGCGCCGACGUGCUGGCCUACGGCCCGCUCGUCUACCUGCCGGCGUACACGCUCGCGAUGGGCGCGGCGGCGAACAAGUCGCUCUCCGACGCGGCGAUGACGCUGCGGCGCCAGUGGCGCGAGGCGACGGCCUGCUCCGUGGCCAUCCUGGGCCCGGCGCAGGCCGUCAACUUCUCGGUCGUGCCCUACGGCCUGCGCCUGCCCUUCAUGCUCGGCGCCGCGUUCGUCUACAACGCAGCGCUGUCGUCGAUCAACCUCCGCGCGCUCUCGGCGUCGAGCUGACGGCCCCGACGCCCCCCUCCUCCCCAAUUCGCCACAAACCCAUCACAUGGAUGUCCAUACCUCUGUUUUUCUGAACAUAAAUUGAAGUCUAAUGAAUCAACA